UUCAAGAAAAAUAAUAAUAAGAAAAGUUGUCAUUAGCGUGUGAGUCAGAAAUAUGCAGUCAGAAAGAAUUUAAAACGAGCAGCAUAAAAAAAAUGAAAUGUUAGGAAAUGCGUGUGAGAGUUGUUUGCAAUCCGCAUUUAAACAAGAGAAGAAGAAGAAGAAGAAGAAGAAGAAAUACAUGUGAGGAUAACGCUUGGUAAUGGAAACAAUGUCCGAGAAUAAACUACCGGAGGAGAUGUGGAUCCACGUGUUUGGAUUUCUCCCUCUUCGUGACAAACUGAGUGUUCGUUUAAGCUGCACGUUUUUUAAAAGACUGGUCGACCAUUGGACCUUCUGGAAAGACAGCGUUGUUGUCCUCCAAAAGUUCGAAAGCUACAAACCACAUUUUUGGAGAACUCUGCGCCAAAGGAAAACCAAGUCCAUUGUUGUUCAAAAGGCACAUGCAAAAGCAUUGGAACACAUUGUGAGUUUGCUGCCGUGGAUGAGUUCCGUUACUCUGGUUCAGUGCAGUGAUGGCUCAGCUCUGGUGACACUGGGGGCUUUAAAACACCUCGAGAGGCUUGUCAUCCGUCAAUGUUCCUGUCGGAGUCUGACCAGCUCACUUUUAUCUUUGAGACAGCUGACUCAUCUCUGCUUGUGUGAGGUACAGAGAGCUUCAGUAUCGGAGAUAAGUGCUGCUACUUCACAGCUUGUCAAUCUUACCUCACUACACUACCAUGAAGAUAAAAAUCCUCUCCUUAAACCUGCCCUUCAUGGCAUGUUGAGGCGUCUGCCCAACUUGAAACACCUUUCCUUGAAAUUGGGACCAAAUUAUGGGAUUCUUCCUGAUGAUUAUUUUGGGCGUCCAGGAGAGUUUGGGCUGAGCAGCCUGGAGCUGCUGAAAUAUGGAGAUCCCUGCCUCUCUCCUGUUGCCUUUAACGCUCUGCCCUCCCUGACAAAACUAACCGUGCACAAUAAACAAUGGCGUACAAAUCCAGUAUACUGCCGCAUCACAAAUUGGUUGCAAGAGCUUCAUGUUCUCUCAGAACUCAACAUUUCAUUAGGAUUCCCACUCCAGGUCUAUGCUAAAUCAAUACCCAGGACUGUGCAGCGUUUGUCUCUCAUGGGAGUGAAGGCAGAUUUGGAGGCAGUCAGGAUCAUGGCAGAGCAGGUGCCAGAUCUCCUUCACCUCCACUUGGACUUGUGUUGUCACAACAACUGUGGUAUAAUCAAAGAAAUACCUCAGAUUUUCCCAAAACUGCAGGUCCUGAAAGUGAGACACCAAAAUGUUCCAGAAUCGUUGUUCCUUCAGCUUCAGAAUCUGUCUCGACUUCAGCAGUUAGUGAUUUUGGAUGCACCCCAGAGCCACAGUCCUACUUUCCUAGAUCUGAUUAAAAAAUUUCAUGACCAAACAAAUAAUAGAAUCCAUGUGCUUCAUUCCAAUUCAAAGGACCAAACCACUUGUUCUUGUGGUUUUAUUUGAUGCACUUCAUUGUUUCUUAUGUCUUUGUAAUAUAGAGGAACAUGUUGUGUAUUUGAUGCAUUUGGGUACGAUUUCAAACAUGUACAGAUAAUCGUGCCUUAUACACAACUAUCUUUGUAAUAUAGAGGAAUAUGUAUGUUGAAGAUAGAAAAAGGAAAUACAUUUUCAUAAGGACACACUUUUUUUACUUUUAAAACAUUGUGAAUGAUAUUGUAUUCCAUUAGCAUUUACUUGACUCUUUACAAAGUACAUAUUUAGAAAAUGGAACAUUCACUCAAGGUCUCUGUAAAUUGUCUCAAAAAAUGAAAGAAAAUAAAGAACACAGUGAGAAGUC